GGUUACGCGUAUAAUCACAUUUUGGACCUGUAUGGACCCAACUUAUGUUUAUUAGGCCUAAAUAUGUUCGGAUUAUAUUAGUUACCAACAAUAAACCUUUGUCACGAUUAUCCAUGUCUUUGCUUUAUCUUUUGGUCCUAUAUGGGCCGAUUUAGAUUUGAGUUAUUUAUCCAGAUUUGUUACGCAUAUAAUCAUACGUUUUGGGCUUGUAUGGUCCAACUUAUGUUUACUAAGACGAAAGCAAACCAAAUGCAACGAGUAUCCAUGUCUUUUUUUUAUCUUUUGGGUCGGUCUAAAUUUGGAUUAUUUAUUCAGAUUUAUUACGCAUAUAAUCAUACGUUUUGGGCCUGUAUGGACUCAACUUAUGUUUACUAAGACGAAAGCAAACCAAAUGCAACGAAUAUCCAUGUCUUUUCUUUAUCUUUUGAGUCGGUCUAAAUUUGGAUUAUUUAUUCAGAUCUAUUACGCAUAUAAUCAUACGUUUUGGGCCUGUAUGGGCCCAACUUAUGUUUACUAAGACGAAAGCAAACCAAAUGCAACGAGUAUCCAUAUCUUUGCUUUAUCUUUUGGGUCGGUCUAAAUCUGGGUUAUUUACUCAGAUUUGUUACGCAUAUAAUCAUACGUUUUGGGUCUGUAUGGGCCUAACUUAUGUUUACUAAGACGAAAGCAAACCAAAUACAACGAGUAUCCAUUUCUUUGCUUUAUCUUUUGGGCCGGUCUAGAUUUGGGUUAUUUACUCAGAUCUGUUACGCAUAUAAUCAUACGUUUUGGGCCUGUAUGGGCCUAACUUAUGUUUAUUAAGACGAAAGCAAACCAAAUACAACGAGUAUCCAUUUCUUUGCUUUAUCUUUUGGGCCGGUCUAGAUUUGGGUUAUUUACUCAGAUCUGUUACGCAUAUAAUCAUACGUUUUGGGUAUGUAUGGGCCCAACUUAUAUUUACUAAGACGAAAGCAAACCAAAUACAACGAGUAUCCAUUUCUUUGCUUUAUCUUUUGGGCCGGUCUAGAUUUGGGUUAUUUACUCAGAUCUGUUACGCAUAUAAUCAUACGUUUUGGGCCUGUAUGGGCCUAACUUAUGUUUAUUAAGACGAAAGCAAACCAAAUACAACGAGUAUCCAUUUUUUUGCUUUAUCUUUUGGGCCGGUCUAGAUUUGGGUUAUUUACUCAGAUCUGUUACGCAUAUAAUCAUACGUUUUGGGUAUGUAUGGGCCCAACUUAUAUUUAGUAAGACGAAAGCAAACCAAAUGCAACGAGUAUCUAUGUCUUUGCUUUAUUUUUUGGGUCGGUUUAAAUUUGGGUUAUUUACUAUUACGCAUAUAAUCAUACGUUUUGGGCCUGUAUGGGCCCAACUUAUGUUUAUUAGGCCCAAAUCUGUUCGCAUUAUAUUAGUUUUACCAACAAUAAACCUUCUUCUUCUUCAAGAACAUGUUGAUCCUCCUGCGUAGAGUUAAACACUCGAUUCCUCAGAGCUUCUUCCUUCGCCAAAUUGGAUUCGCAAACAGUGAUCUCACUGUUCGUUCGUACUUAUCAGGACCUGCUUCGAGUCCCAGCUUAUCGAUAUGGAGACGGAAGAAAGAAAUGAGCAAAGAAGGUUUAAUCGCCGCCAAGGAGCUCAAGCGUCUGCAAACCAAACUCGUCCGUCUCGAUCGAUUCAUUGCUUCCCACGUCUCUCGCCUCCUUAAGUCCGAUCUCGUCUCCGUUCUCGCCGAGUUUCAGAGGCAAGACCAAGUGUUCCUCUGUAUGAAGCUCUAUGAAGUUGUGAGGAGAGAGAUAUGGUACAGACCAGACAUGUUCUUUUACAGAGACAUGCUCAUGAUGCUUGCAAGAAACAGGAGAGUGGAUGAGACCAAAAAGGUAUGGGGAGAUUUGAAGAGAGAAGGGGUUUUGUUUGACCAGCACACGUUUGGAGACCUUGUUAGAGCGUUUUUGGACAAUGAGCUUCCGGUGGAAGCGAUGAGAUUGUAUGGAGAGAUGAGAGAUUCUCCUGACCCGCCUCUGUCUCUGCCUUUUCGAGUUAUGCUGAAAGGACUCGUUCCUUACCCUGAGCUGAGAGAGAGAGUGAAAGAUGAUUUCUUGGAGCUUUUCCCUGGGAUGGUUGUGUAUGAUCCUCCUGAGGAUUUGUGUGAAGAGAGCGAUGACGAAGCUAGAACAGAUAGUGAUCUUGAGUAGAGAGGUUUUGAGAUUCAGCUUUCUCACAUACCAGUUUUUGUAUUAAAUGCAUUGCACAAACUGAACGAAUUGAACUUAUCGGGUCAAUGUAUGUCAGUGUCGUUCAUUUAGAUCUAGGUCGUGUUUUCUUUGAUUCUUGCUUUCAUAUAUUGUUAGGAACAUAAACAAACCAUUUGUAAGCUAUAUGAGCAAUGAUAUACAAGUUUUUAGCAA